AUGCUCCAAGUCCAUUUGUGGCUUGAUAGGUCUUUGUCCACCUAUUCAUUUUGUCCCUCAUUUCCAGCUUCAGAAAACGACAAGGCGAGGUAUGUGCGUGUUAAGGCCCAGGAUGUGGUGCCGAUGCAAUACCCACCCAGGACACAAGAUAAUACUGCAGACAGGACAUACUAUCAUUACCAAUAUGAACUCAUGGGCCAGCAAUUCGACGAAGAAACAUCUGCGUACAUACAUGAGCUAGGCCAGUGGGCGAUACCCCAGCCGCCGAUACAGCAGGCUGCAAUCAUUACCAUGAAGUCUAUUACUCCAUUAAAUCCGUCUACUCCUUCAAUGAACCUGAAUACCUAG